UUAUUGUAAUAUUCUUUUUGGAUACAAUUACCCAUGAAUAAUGGGCCGAGCCAAAUUAUUGCAAUAUUCUAAAUUUAUAUGAUUUAUAACAAAAAAUGUGACAAAAAUCUAGGUGAUUAGAGACAUAAAACACACAUUGGUAAAAUGAUAAUAUCAAAGAUUAAAUCAAAAAUUAUUUUUUAAUAUAAAGAUCCAACUAUAACUUUUUAAAUUAUGAGCACGAAAUUAUGAAAACCGUGAAUCAACUUUUCACACCCACACACACACAGUUAUAUUAACUUUUAUCUUAAAAAAUGUAAAAGUUUAGAAUCUUUGGACCUCUUAGAAGAGUUUGGAAUGAUUCUUCGCUUCGCUGCAGAACAAGAAUGAUGAGAUGACGACGAAAAGAAUUCAAAGAGAACAUAUAAAUACUUGUUCUAUUUGGAGGCAUGCUUGUUCAUUUCAUUAGUUUAACUUUCAAGUAUAGUGCCUAUUAGUUUUCACGUGGUUAAUUAUAUAUUAUUUGGUUGAUUAAUUAAUAUCAAAAAUGGGGGAAGAAGCUGUUCCUGAUCUCAGUAAUAAUGUUACAUCAGUACUUGAAUCGAUGAAUUUGGAUUUCAAGCACUUAGCUGAUGGUGUUGCUGUUGCUCUUCUUGUUAUUGCCCUUUCGUCUGCAUAUUUCUACUGCUACAACUUGUUUCUUAAACCCAAGGCUUGUUUGGAUCGUAAGAACUUCAGAGAAUUCAAGCUUGUGAAGAAGACAAAUCUGAGUCACAAUUCUGCAAGAUUUAGAUUUGCUCUUCCUACACCUACUUCAGUUCUUGGCCUUCCUAUUGGAAAACAUAUUAAAUGCAGGGGAAGAGAUAGCCAAGGAGAGGAAGUCACCAGACCAUAUACCCCAAUCACUUUGGAUUCAGAUGUUGGCUACUUUGAAUUGGUGGUAAAGAUGUAUCCAAAAGGAAGGAUGUCUCACCAUUUUAGAGAGAUGAAAGAAGGUGAUUGCUUGGCCGUCAAGGGUCCUAAGGGACGUUUCAGUUACAAACCAAAUCAAGCUCGCGCGUAUGGAAUGCUCGCUGGAGGUUCUGGCAUCACCCCAAUGUUUCAGAUCACACGAGCCAUACUAGAAAAUCCAAAAGACAAAACGAAACUGAACCUUAUUUAUGCCAAUGUUACAGUGGAUGACAUUCUACUAAAGGAAGAAAUUGAUGAGUUGGCAAGCAAGUAUCCUGACCGUUUCAAAGUUUACUAUGUUCUAAAUCAGCCUCCUCAACCAUGGAAUGGUGGGGUUGGGUUCAUAUCAAAGGAAAUGAUUCAAACCCAUUGUCCUGCACCUGCAUCUGAUAUCCAGAUACUAAUGUGUGGUCCACCAGCAAUGAAUAGAGCCAUGGCUGCUCACCUUGAUGCACUUGGCUACGCACCAAAUAUGCAGUUUCAGUUCUGAUUGUUUUCCUUUUCUCUUUGAAAUGGUUGUUGCUAUUUUUUAUUUAAUGAUUUGUAUCUCAUAUAUCUAAGAAUUAUAGCAAAUAAUAAUAAUAAAAUGGAAAAGAUUGUUGCAAGACAAAGUUUGACAUCA